GUCGGAAAGUUUCCUGCCUCGUCGGGCACAGCCUGAGCUUACCCCACCGGCCACGCGUGGUGGAGGCUGCGGCGGACCCAGCCCAGGGCCUCCAGGCCUCUCCCUUAACCUCCGGGCCGGUCUCCCUCCCCCACCUCGCGUCCUCCGGGAGCUGUGGCUGCCGCCCCUGAGAUGCGACCCUCCUGGGGCCGCUCCUGACCCGAGGCGAGCCGAGCGCUGAGCCGCAGCGGGAGCCCGGGACUCUCCGAAUCAACUUCCCGCCGGGCCGGACUCCCGAGCCUCCCGGGGGAGCGCCUGGUUCGGUUCGCGCCGGCCUGCAGAGCCGGGUUCCCGCCCUGGUCGCGGGGACGCCCGCCAGGUGCCCCGGCGUCGCGACUCCGCCGCCGCUGCGCCCCUGCCGGCCCGCAGUCCUCGCGCCUAGGACGGCCGCGGCGGCUCGAGCCUCGCCCGGGAUCCCUGCGCGCUCGGGGCGGCCUCCGCGCAGCGGGGCAAUGCCGACCGGCCGGCCGGCCCUGUAGACCCCCUCGCUUCCCGCUUCUCCCGGCGCUUAGCGGGCGGCGGCGGCGGCAACGGCUGCCCAGAGGCGCUCGGGUGCACCUUCCCUCGGCCCGGAAAGACCUUCCCCGCGGCUCCGACCCGACCCGUCCUUCAUGCUGCAGUGCCGCAACGUUUCCGCCACCGAAAGGGAGAAGCGGCCGCGAUCUCAAACAAAACCCAAGAAUCGGUGUGUGUCUCAUCUGCGUGGAUAUCUUCAGCCCCCAAACUGUCUUCCAGGAGUUUUCUCGGUCGAAGCUGCCCGAUGUUUGAACCUUUUCUUCCCAAGGAAAAUGGACUGAAAGCUGGCAGUUGGGGACGUUUUGUGAUCAGGGAGUUGUGGUGUUUUAAAGGAGGUGAUGGAGAUUGCUCUGACUUGUCUUCCCACCCAAGUGAAGAGCUGUUAAUGUUCCUUGGUUAUGCCUAGACCAUGUGCAGUUUGUUUUAAUUUAAAAUUUUGGGGGGGAUAGAAGUAUAUAGACUUGUGAAGAGCAUUCCGAAUCUGGAGGAACUCCUCGUUGUCCUUGGUAGCCAAGACCAACCCAGUCUGUCCUCCAUGCCGUCAGCCUUGGCCAUCUUCACUUGCCGCCCAAACUCGCACCCGUUUCAGGAGCGUCAUGUCUACCUGGACGAGCCCAUCAAAAUCGGCCGCUCAGUGGCACGCUGCCGACCAGCGCAGAAUAAUGCUACCUUUGAUUGCAAAGUGCUGUCAAGGAACCAUGCUCUCGUCUGGUUUGAUCACAAGACGGGCAAGUUUUAUCUUCAAGACACUAAAAGUAGUAAUGGUACCUUUAUAAAUAGCCAGAGAUUGAGUCGAGGCUCUGAAGAAAGUCCACCAUGUGAAAUUCUUUCUGGUGACAUUAUCCAGUUUGGGGUAGAUGUGACAGAGAACACACGGAAAGUUACCCAUGGGUGUAUUGUUUCCACAAUAAAACUUUUUCUACCAGAUGGUAUGGAAGCCCGGCUCCGCUCAGAUGUCAUCCAUUCUCCAAUACCAAGUCCUGUUGACAAAGUUGCUGCUAACACUCCAAGUAUGUACUCUCAGGAAUUAUUCCAGCUUUCUCAGUAUCUACAGGAGGCCUUACAUCGGGAACAGAUGUUGGAACAGAAGUUAGCCACACUUCAGCGGCUAUUGGCCAUCACCCAAGAGGCUUCAGAUACCAGUUGGCAGGCUUUAAUAGAUGAAGAUAGACUCUUAUCACGGUUAGAAGUUAUGGGAAACCAAUUACAGGCAUGCUCCAAAAAUCAAACAGAAGAUAGUUUACGGAAGGAACUUAUAGCAUUACAAGAGGAUAAACACAACUAUGAAACAACAGCCAAAGAGUCCCUGAGGCGGGUUCUUCAGGAGAAAAUAGAAGUGGUUAGAAAACUUUCAGAAGUUGAGCGAAGUCUCAGUAACACUGAAGAUGAAUGUACCCACCUGAAAGAGAUGAAUGAACGGACUCAGGAAGAAUUAAGAGAAUUAGCCAAUAAAUACAAUGGAGCUGUUAAUGAGAUUAAAGAUUUAUCUGAUAAAUUAAAGGUGGCGGAGGGAAGACAAGAAGAAAUCCAACAGAAGGGACAAGCUGAGAAGAAAGAAUUACAGCACAAAAUAGAUGAAAUGGAAGAAAAAGAACAAGAGCUCCAGGCAAAAAUAGAAGCUUUGCAGGCUGAUAAUGACUUCACCAAUGAGAGGCUGACAGCUUUACAAGUACGGUUAGAACAUCUUCAGGAGAAAACUCUUAAAGAAUGCAACAGCUUAGGGUUACAAGUUGAGGACUUCUUACCUAAAAUAAAUGGGAGCACAGAAAAAGAGAAGCUGAUCGUGGAGGGACAUCUAACCAAAGUAGUAGAAGAAACAAAGCUUUCAAAAGAAAACCAAGCAAAAGCAAAGGAAUCUGACCUAUCAGAUACUCUGAGUCCAAGCAAGGAAAAAAGCAGUGACGACACUACAGACGCCCAGAUGGAUGAGCAAGACCUAAAUGAACCUCUUGCUAAAGUAUCCCUAUUAAAAGAUGACUCACAGGGUGUACAGUCAGAAAUUGAGGCAAAACAAGAAAUUCAGCAUCUUCGCAAGGAAUUGAUUGAAGCCCAGGAGCUAGCUAGAACAAGUAAACAAAAAUGCUUUGAACUCCAAGCUCUUUUGGAAGAAGAAAGAAAAGCCUACAGAAAUCAAGUUGAGGAAUCUGCUAAACAAAUACAGGUUCUUCAAGCCCAGCUGCAGCGGUUACAUAUUGAUAUUGAGACCCUCCGAGAAGAGAAGGACAAUGAAAUCACAAGCUCUAGAGAUGAAUUGCUUAGUGCCCGAGAUGAAAUUUUGCUCCUUCAUCAAGCGGCAGCCAAGGCUGCCUCCGAGCGGGACACUGACAUAGCUUCUUUGCAAGAGGAGCUUAAGAAGGUGAGAGCUGAGCUUGACCGAUGGAGGAAAGCAGCAUCUGAAUAUGAGAGAGAAAUCACAGGUCUGCAGAACAGUUUUCAACUGCGAUGUCAACAGUGUGAGGACCAGCAGAGAGAGGAAGCAAUGAGAUUGCAUGGUGAACUAGAAAAGUUGAGAAAGGAAUGGAAUGUAUUGGAAACCGAGUGCCAUUCUCUGAAAAGGGAAAAUGUUUUGCUAUCAUCAGAACUGCAACGGCAAGAAAAAGAACUGCACAAUUCUCAAAAGCAGAGUUUAGAGCUUACCAGUGAUCUCAGCAUUCUUCAGAUGACUAGAAAAGAGCUUGAAAACCAAGUGGGAUCCUUGAAAGAACAGCAUCUUCGGGAUUCAGCUGAUUUAAAAACUCUACUCAGUAAGGCUGAAAGCCAAGCAAAGGAUGUACAGAAAGAGUAUGAAAAGACACAGACUGUACUCUCAGAACUGAAGUUGAAGUUUGAAAUGACUGAGCAGGAAAAGCAAUCAAUCACAGAUCAGCUCAAACAAUGUAAAGACAACCUGAAGCUGCUCCGAGAGAAAGGAAAUAAUCCUUCCAUAUUACAACCCGUCCCAGCCGUAUUCAUCGGCCUAUUCCUGGCUUUCCUGUUUUGGUGUUUCGGUCCAUUGUGGUAGAGAAAGAAACCUUGGCCCUGGAUGCCCAUGUUGGCUGCCCUGGUUGCGGUGACAGCCAUCGUGCUGUAUGUGCCAGGUCUGGCCAGAGCUUCUCCAUGAGAGCGUUUCUUGAGUCCGUACACCGUCCUCCCUCUAGAAGCUGGCAUCACACUCAUGCUGGGGACAAACAGAACCAUUUUCUUCCUUUUUACCUCUUAAAACAACAGAAGUGCAAGAACACGAUGUAGGGUCAUUGCUUUAAAUUAUAUAAAAAUGUAUCUGUCUAUAGAGAGAAUAUAAAAUUGUGACUUUAUUCUACUGUAAGCAAUAAUUUGCUUGCAAUUUUUCAUGUAAUUUUUAAAUUAGUAUGUUGAGAUUCUGAAUAUUAUGAUAGCCUAAAGUAGGCUUCUUGGUAUACCAAAUUAUUUAUACCAUUAAAUUUAUGGUAUUUUACUCCGAAUUCUGAUGGCCACAUAAUUUGUCUUUCUGAUUCGAUAACCACCCAAAGCAAACAACAAAUACAUACAUGGGAAGAGAGGCCCUGUGUGCUCAGUGCCUAUUAGUUUGAAAUAUAUGCACAUAUAUAUAUAUAUAUAUUUUUUACAUAUUUACGCCAUUUUUACUUGUUAUAAAACCACUGAGCUAUUGGGAACAAGUUAGAGACAACUAUUUGUGUGGAUUUUUUUUAAAGGAAAAAUACAUUUGGAAAAUAUUCUGUUAUAGUGCUAAUUUGGAGAAUAUGUGCACGCUUGUUCAGCCUUAAUGUGACUUGAAGAUGUGGAGGACAUCAACUUUGAAAAACUUUCCAUGAGAGUGUGUAUUUUCUUGAGCAAACUGAAGUAUUUCUGGGAGCAAAAACUAGUAAUUACACAAUUUCAGUGCAGUCAACCAAACUGUUAAGUCAAUUGGAAUGUAAUUUAUUAAACCUCAUGUAUUUAAAGAGAUACUUUUCUUUAAAAGCCAAGUUACUUUCUCAUAUACAGCAUUUUAGGAAGCAUGAUUUUUUUUUUUCUGUCAUCUGUUCCUCCAAGCAUGUUUAAUUGAAAAAAGAAUUAUAUCUCUUUAGAUAAGCUUUUAUUGACUUAAUUUGGUUAUGAUGUUUCAGAGAAUUUAUGUUCAAGGUGAGCUGUUGUUACCUACCAACAGAUAUCCUGGUUGGGAAUACAAAUGAUUAUUUUCUUUUUAUUGUAGUUAAUUGGGACUUUAUGUUAAUUGAAGCACUAUUCCAAGAUUGAUAGUGUUCCAUGCACAGUAAGCACCUGGACACUGCUUGAUGUUAUAAAUUUAAAACACAGAAGUGAAAAUUAGCUAUGGUUUUGUGCAGCACCAUAGUUAUGUCAAUAAAGUUUAUUUAGUUAUAGAAUAUCCUCAAGUAUCACAUAGUUAAAUUUUUCAGUCAGUAAAGACUAGGAGGGAAAGUCAGUGAAUUGGUUUGAAUGUUCUGUGGAAAUACACAGGUCUAGCCAAAUAUUGAAAGGAGUUAAGGCUAUAAUUUGCCUUGUAAUGUUUGGCAGUCAUUGUUCAUACUCUAAAGGUUAUAUUUUAAGCUGUUUGGAAUUGCUGUUGGGAGGAUCACUAGAUUUAUGAUGGAAUUAGUCACAAAUGACUUGUAGAAAAUACUGUCAUCUAGUUCAUCAUUUUCUGUUGCAAGAAGCCACUCCACCACAGAAUGCUGAUAUGCCAGUGGUACCCAGUACCUCUUGUAUAUAGGUUAUUGCAAAUAUUGUUCUGAAAUGCUUAACUUCAGAAUUACAUUUUUUAAAGUAAAUAAUUGUUUGAAAUCUAUUUUGUAAAGAUAUAAAAUACAUUAGAAUUUCUGGAGUACAGAUUAAACUAUUUGCACUAACACACGUGAUGUGCAUGAUUUAAUAAAAUAACUUUACUCUCCCUGUGCA